AGCCUGAUUAGCCAGCUAACAUAAACGUUUGUAUCGUUCUCCUUAAACAUUGUGUUCAGCGAUAGGUUAUAUGAAAUAUUCAAAAGAAAACAUCACUCUAGGAGACGGCCAGUAAUUACUUUGCCAACAAAGACAGUAACGUACCGUUAUGAACGCUGAGAGAGAAAAAAAAGUCACCGUAAAGCUGCUGCUAAAGGAAAUUAGCUAAGUUCAACCCAGACAUGGACUGGGACAACCAGCUGAGCUCUAUCCUGUCAGUAGCAGAUGGCAGUGUUGCAAAGAUGAGGGAGAGACUGACCUCAGCAGGGAAAUUUGCCAAAGGAGGAGAAGAGUUGUUUCCAGUGAGGGAGAGGAUUCGUGAUUCAGAUUUGGACCCUCCUGCUCUUCCUCCUCGAUCCCCUCUUCUCCGACAGCCUUCCCCAUCUCUCAGUCCUGGUGUUCAGUGGGCAGACCUAGCUGCUAUCCAAUCACAACUCCAGAUACAGAGCCAGGCGAUUGAGUCUCUCACCCAGAAACUCCGUGACGUGGAAAGGGAGAGACAGUCUCAACAAUGUCAUAUCCAGACACUACAAGUGGAGAUUCACAGUCUGAGGGAGAGGGAAAGAGAGAGGGACGAAUCUAGGAGGGGACAAAGUCCAGGAGCAGAGAGAAGGAUGGAGCAGUGGAGGAGAGAGGUUGGACGUGAGCUGAGCAGUCUGCGGGGACACAUCACCAGAGCCACGUCGCUAGGCAACCUGGAGGAGAGUUUCAGCUCAAAGCUCCGCCGAGAGGAGCUGGAACACCUGCGGAGAGAGAUGGACCAACUGAAAACACGACUAAGGAGACAGGAGGAGGACGUGUUCCUCCAGCAGGCAGAGGCAAGAGAGACCAGGAGACAGUAUGAACACACCUGCAAGACACUGGAGGAUCUGACAAACAGCUACAGAUCUCACAGCACUGAUCUGGCAAAGACUGUCUCUCAGUAUUCUCACACACAAGAAGAGGUCCGCCAGAUCAGAAUAACUGUGUCAGAACUGAAGGAGGAGGUCAGGAGACUUAUUCUCCGAGAACGUGAACAAACACCUCUGCCAUCAGCGCACACAUCAGGGGCAUCACCACUCCCACUCCCUCACAGCCAUAAUAGAGGGGUCAGAGUUGAAGAGCCGGACUCUGACUCAGAAGACUUUAGCCCAACUCCGAGCCUGGCUGAGGUCAGCUCAGAUGAUCUGUCUUGGCUGGAUGACAAAGACCCUGCUCUUCAUCAGAAGCCGCAAGUACGUCUGAGCGUUCAGUCUCGACGGAGCAACUUUUCUGGUCCGGGAUCAGAUCUGGAGGAUGAUGAGGACAAUGAUGAUGGUGAUGAUCUCCUUGAUGACGACGUGAACCCAGAUUUACGAUCUGACCUAAGUCUUGAUGACCUCUGAACUUUUUUUUUUCUUCUUUUUUAAGAUGACAUUCUGUAAUUUUACUUGAAGGAUUCAGCAACAUAGAUAUUUAUUCCACCUUCUCCAAUACACUACCUGAGAUGUAUUAUUACUGUAAAACUGAAAACUUUGAUCAAUACAGUUUAGAGUUACAGCCCUAUUCUGAAAAUCAAAAUAGAAAUAGUCAGGUUAACACAAACAGCCAUAUGGCUCAUUUCCUUUGUGGUCCCAAGUGAAGGGGAAAGGAAACAAAGGAUGGCUAACGGCAUGGCAACAGAAGCACAUACACAUAACAAGUAAUCAAGUCAUCCUAUUAUUACUGUUGCUUAACAGAUCUGCUUGGAUAUGAUAUGUGAUACAUAGUUCAUACCAUUGGGGAAACUUUCUCUUAGUGUGGGAAAUUCUCAAAUGCUAUUUUUAACAGUUAUUUGUAUAUCAGUGUUAGGGACUCAGGGCGGAUCUCACAGUGUCAAACUAACAGGUUAAUAACUCUAACAGCUAACUUUUUUUUUCAAAUUGAUUUCCAGUUGCUUGUCUAAUUUUUAUUUAAACAGUCUGAUCCCAUGUGACCCACUCAAUCCCCUGCUACCACAGUGUGCUAAAACAAACCACCAGUGGAUUCAGCAAAUGCUAACUAGUUGAUGUCAAUUUGUUUGAAACACUAUGCAUCAAAGCAUUGUUUCUCCUCAGUCUAGUUAGUGGCAUCUGCUGGAGGCAGAUGACUGUACAAACUGCUGAAAACUGAGAUAGCCACAAAUUCUCUUUAAAUAAUCUGCAGUAACUGUCUCCACAUGCACAUACUGGAAGGAUGCUGGGAACAAACUGAAGAGACAGGCAGCUGAUUAACUGAGAUUCUUUAUGAGAGCUUCUCAUUCAGAAAACUGUGCCUGCAAAGUAGCAUUUUUGUAAGCAGCUUUAUUUCUCACUGUAGGCUUGACUGCCUGAACCGAAAUUUUGAUAUCAGUCGCCACCCAAUGGAUAUAAUGCUUUUAUUUUUGCCACACCCUCUGAACCCAUGUUGCGAGUCACUGACUAUAAUUUAUGGGUCCUACCAGAGUUAAAGUUGAGCAGCACUGUGAUUGGUCUGCUAAACCACACGGUUUGUCUUCAGGAAGAAGAUUUAAAUUUAGAUUGUUGGGGUUGGGUAACAGGAUUGGUAACUGCAGGAUUUUCAUCUCUGCCUAUUACUACAGUGGAAUCCAUAAGAACACCACUGAUCACUGUGCUUUUGAUUUUCAAAAGAAGAGCCCACAGUAUGCUUAUAUUUCCUUUAAUUGGUAGUUUGGAAUUAAUCAGUUUGUUAUAUAACAAACAGAUUCAACUUUAAUGAAACUUCAUGAAAUCGCACUUUGACAGGCUUUGAUCACUUACAGUAAUAUAUCAAGUGUAAGGAUUCACAGUGCCUUUGAGCUUUCUGGUGAUCAUGUACUAUAUGUAAGCUACACUCGUCAGUGUAGCAGAGUAAUGGCUAUUUAAUGGGUUUUUCUUCCUGACAUAAUGCACUCUUCAAUCCAGGAGGAUUCUGAUGAGGUAUGGGAAUUUGAUUCCUGGUAAUGCAGCUGAAGUGAAGGCAAAGAGGAAUCAAAAGCCAUUAACAUUAUCAAGGCACCAACACUCCCAACCUCCAUUGCGAUGUCUUCAUAUACACACAGCUCAGUUAAGACAGUCAAGAGUCCCUUUUAUGCUGCUCUGUCUGACAUGAAUUACACUCUUUCAGGCUUGAUGUCAAGCUGUUAAAUAUUUCAGCAUCCAGACACCCCCCAUCGAGGAUCCCAGACCACAGUGCAGAGCCACGGGGGAGCUGACGGGCAGGUUAGGUGUUCAGUGGGGUGUGGAGGAUUGGGUGGUGAAAGUGACCAUAGACCCAAUCCAGCUCAUCUAAUGAAACAGUUUGUCUCUCUAGUCAGAAGUGAACAGUAAAAGACCCUUCUAGAAAACCGUAAAUGGCACAGAGCAGUACACAUUUUUCAAACAAACCUCUUUUAACACGCUCUCCUUGUAUAGCUGUUAAUGUUGUAGUUGAAGAGACAUUUAAUGAAGAAAAGGCUGAUGAAUCAGACCCUUCUACUGCAGUUUUAUUGCAUUUGCCAAGUAUUGUGCAGUGGCGUUGCAGUAAAGCAGUGCACUGAUUCAUUCAUUGAAGGUCUAUAAAGAAAAUGCUUUUUGUUUUGUCUCCAACAAUAAAAGUCAGUGUAAAAGUUGAAA